ACCGGCAAGGGACCGGCCCGCGCCCGCAUUUUGACACGUGACCCCGGGCCCGCCCGUAGGGCCCGCGAAAGGGCACCUGGGACCCCUGCGCAACUGGCGCAUCUGGCGCGCACCUCGCGCGAUCCAGGGUACCCCUCGACUCGGGACCGGGACGUACUCCUGGCGCGCACCGAGACCUGGGAAUUAUUCUCCUCGCGGCACUUUGAUACGUUUACACGCACACCCCGCCCUUCCGAGCCCGGAAGCGACCCGGAGGGAGGCACUCUUUUGAGCGACCCCCCUCGACCGAAAGUACUUUUCUACGAUUAUUCGGCCGGGCCUGCCGGCCCGCCCUUGUGAUAUAUUUCUACUUGGUAAGAGCGAGCUCCGAAUUACCCGGAGCGAGGAGGGAUCGGAUCCCCGGUGAGGCCCUGCCCGGAUUCUGCGACCCGAGAUUCGGGGACCGGCCAACAUGGGCGGGUGCACCUCGAAGGAUAACGCUUCGAAAGACGACAAGAAAAGCAACAUGGUCGACCAAGCAGUGCUGGACAAGCUGGAGACCGGCUAUGCCAAGUUGGCCGCUUCGGAUAGCAAGUCUCUGCUGAAGAAGUACCUGACCAAGGAGAUCUUCGACCAGCUCAAGACCAAGAAGACCUCCUUCGGCUCCACCCUGCUGGACGUGAUCCAGUCCGGCCUGGAGAACCAUGACUCCGGAGUCGGCAUCUAUGCCCCCGACGCCGAGUCCUACGUCGUCUUCGCCGACCUCUUCGACCCCAUCAUCGAGGAUUACCAUGGCGGCUUCAAGAAGACCGACAAGCAUCCCCCCAAGGACUUCGGCGACGUGGACACCCUUGGAAAUCUGGACCCUAGCGGCGAUUUCAUCGUCUCCACCCGCGUGCGCUGCGGACGCUCCUUGGAGGGCUACCCCUUCAACCCCUUGUUGACCGAGGCCCAGUACAAGGAGAUGGAGGAGAAGGUGUCGAGCACCCUGUCCGGCCUGGAGGGCGAGCUCAAGGGAACGUUCUACCCCCUGACCGGGAUGAGCAAGGAGGUGCAGCAGAAGCUGAUCGACGACCACUUCCUCUUCAAGGAGGGCGACCGAUUCCUGCAGACCGCCAACGCCUGCCGCUUCUGGCCCACCGGACGUGGCAUCUUCCACAACGAUGCCAAGACCUUCCUGGUCUGGUGCAACGAGGAGGACCAUCUGCGCAUCAUCUCCAUGCAGCAGGGCGGUGACCUCGGCCAGGUCUAUCGUCGUCUCGUCACCGCGGUGAACGAUAUCGAGAAGCGGCUGCCCUUCUCCCACAACGAUCGCCUCGGUUUCCUGACCUUCUGUCCGACGAACCUGGGCACGACCGUCCGCGCGUCGGUGCACAUCAAGGUGCCCAAGCUCGCGGCGAACAAGGCCAAGCUCGAGGAGGUGGCAAGCAAGUUCAACCUGCAGGUCAGAGGAACGCGAGGCGAGCACACCGAGGCCGAGGGCGGGAUCUACGACAUCUCGAACAAGCGGCGCCUGGGCUUGACCGAGUACCAGGCCGUCAAGGAGAUGCACGACGGCAUCGCCGAGCUCAUCAAGAUCGAGAAGGAGCUCUAAGCGGCCUCUCGUGUCGACCUUCGCCCUUACACACCGAGAACAACCCUUCUUCGUUCGUCCCCUUCACGUUGUUGUCACGCGUCGACGCUACGCAUCCCUGAAGAGAGAAAAAAAGAAAGAGAAUCGGAGAGAGAAUGCCGAUUGGUUAACCCAGGACGAGCUUCAACUUCGGCCGCUCGUCGACGGCACUUGGUUCCCAGAUUUGACCCUGAAGCAGAGGCGUCCAUGUUCGCGAAGACGUCCUCGGAGUCGCGUUUCCUCGAGAACGAUGUAGGCGAAUUUCUAUCACGCCGAGAUCUGCCGACUCGAGCGGCUCUCGCGAUGAUUCGCUCGAUCGGUCGACUUGGUUUUUAUCCGGUUUAGCCUGGGAGUGGAUCGGGACACGGUGGGAAUCUAGGAAAGGGGUGAAUAAGGGAAAUCGUCCCCGAGGAAACGCUUCCGUUUCGGGCGCCGAUGCUGCGGCUCGUCCUUCCGUUUGCAAAGAGCGCAGAAUGCGCGGAUGACAAAACGCGCGACCACGGCUAUCUCGAGUUACGUUAUAACGAGUUCCUUUUUUAUUAACGCAUACGGGGAAUACGUCGCGAGAGAAACAAAAGAGAGAGAGAGAGAGAGAAAGGGAGAAGCAAACCGAGCAGCUUGUAACUGCACAACGUGCAUUGUAUCGUCAGUAUUUUGGUUUCCUUCCUUUUUGCGUAUUUUCCUUUUCGGUAUUCUCCAUUUGUUAUUUUUUUUUUCCCCCCUUAAUUGCGAGGAUCAGUUAUCGCUGCUGCUUUUAUUUCCUCUUCGUUUCCUUUUUUAACGAUGUACUGGACAGUAUACGCGCAGUAUUUCUCGUCAAGGUGUUAGCCUGCCUUUUCGUGUUUGCUUUUAUUAACGUUGUAUCAAUUGGUAAUAUAUUACCGAUACGUAACAGCUCGCCAUCGCCCGCCUAGUGCUGCCCAACAAUGUGAUCUUAUUCGCGAAUAGAGGAUAUAUAUAAGCCGAGGGAAAGAAAAGAAAAAGAAGGGAAAAAAAAAAGAGGGAGAGAAACGUUAAGCGAUGUAAAUUUCACCGGCGACCGCUUCAACCUUGAUGGGACAGUAGUACGGUAGAGAGCUCUGCAGCGCAACGGUCUUCUAGUCCGAUUAUGAGGAGGAAACCGCGAGAUAUAUAACGGAUACGUCGUGAUAUUAUUUUCCUAUUGUUCUCCCUCGCCGUCUUUUUUACAGGCCGAAACACCUGGUGUAUGGAUGCGCUCGCCCGCGCGCUGCAGAAGUCGAUCACGACUCGACAGCCACAUGUAUGACAUUCAAGUUUAGAACACGAAUAAAAAGACAUACACUUGA